CUAAGGCGUCCCAAGAAGCGGAUAAUGUACUUAUUAUACAAGACAAAAGACUUGUCUCGAUGCGUGGAAAAAAGUAUUUACAGGUUGCCAAAAAUAGGUACUCUGGUGAUUUGGGUAUAAUGGCAUUAGAGUUUGAUAAAGCAGGGCUCAGUUAUGCGUCCAAAAAGAAAAAGAAAAUAACCGAGAAGGGUGAAGAUGAUGAAACCAAGGAUCACCAACCAUCUCUACAUUUGUAAUUUAAGAGUGUGUGAAUCAGUACACAGAAUGCUAUAUAUUCAACAGUGAAUAUGACAUUAAAUUUUAUACGUUAUUAUUUGUUAUAUUUUUUACCAAACUUUA